GCAGCAUUAGUUCUUCGCCGUUCUUCAAAGAUGCAGCAGUGUUUGGUUGGUGGACGCAGUACGAGCUGAUGACCUGCGCUGGGAUGUUCGAUCAUGUGUGUGUGUGUGUGUGAGAGAGAGAGCGGCUUUUACCAUGUGAAAAGAGGAAACUAACGGAGUAACGUAAAAGGUUUAUACCGAGGAACUACAGAGACAAGUUUUACUGAGGACGGGAGUCGCUGAACGGAAAGAAGUUGGCGAGUUCGCUCCAGAGGCCUGAGUGCCAUGCCAGAGGGGUCCCAUUCUGCUCUCCACCAGGGCCCAAUGGGGGAAGAAUCUCUUCAGUUGUCCUCGCCCCUCUUCACCAGUGAACAUGACCAGGCAAACAUCGACUUGGGGCCAGACUGCUACAACCAGCUAUGUGUGGAGCCACUGGACGGAGAGGGUGAACGUCCAGUGAGCCUGGUGUCCACCCUGUCUUCUGGCUCAUCGCGCGACAGUCGCAGCAAUUUUGGAAGCACCGUUGCUCUUCCUUCCUCUGCCACCCCACCCAUACCGUGCGGGGAGGACAUAGACUUGGAGCUGAGCCCGGCUGAAGGUACUGGAGAGCAGGCUGGAGACCAGAGUCCCACCCUCAAAAGCUCCAGGGGCCACUGGCAGGAGCGACUGGUGAUCAGCAACCAGUGGAACAACAACGCCUGCUCCAACAGGAAAGCAAGUGCUGAAGUACCUCACAUCCCCACCUCGCCUGUUGUCACGGACACCAUGGCGCCUAACCCGAAGCUGACCUAUGUGGACCGUGUUGUCAUGGAGAUCAUUGAGACAGAGCGCACAUACGUCAAGGACCUGCGCAGCAUUGUGGAGGACUAUUUGGCUCACAUCAUCGAUAUGAGCAACCUUCCCAUACGGCCUGAGCAAGUGUGUGCCCUGUUUGGAAACAUAGAGGACAUCUAUGAGUUCAACAGUGAACUACUGCAGUCUUUGGACAUGUGUGAGAAUGAUCCUGUGGCCAUUGCUAGAUGCUUUGUAGAUAAGAGUGAAUACUUUGAAAUCUACACUCAGUAUUGCACCAACUAUCCCAAUUCAGUGGCAGCACUGACCGACUGCAUGAGGAGUAAAACUUUAGCCAAGUUCUUCAGGGAUCGUCAGGCUGCUCUGAGGCGCUCCCUCCCUUUAGGCUCCUACCUGCUCAAGCCAGUUCAAAGGAUCCUGAAAUAUCACCUGCUGCUGCAGGAAAUUGCAAAGCACUUUGACGCAGAUGAGGAGGGCUAUGAGAUGGUUCAGGAGGCCAUAGACACCAUGACGGGAGUGGCCUGGUACAUCAAUGAUAUGAAGAGGAAACAUGAGCAUGCGGUCAGAGUGCAGGAGAUACAGUCUCUUCUGAUCAACUGGAAGGGCCCUGACCUGACCACCUAUGGAGAGCUGGUGCUGGAGGGCACCUUUCAUGUGCUGAGGGCGAAGAACACCCGUACACUCUUCCUCUUCGAAAAGAUGCUCCUCAUUACCAAGAAAAGAGGGGAACACUAUGUCUACAAGAUCCACAUCUCGUGCUCUACCCUAAUGCUACUUGACAGUGCCAAGGAUCCCCUGCUCUUCAGUGUCAUCCAUUUCAAACAUCCCAAGCAACCCCAUACAGUGCAGGCCAAGUCAGUAGAAGAGAAGCGUCUCUGGGCCCAUCACAUUAAGAGGCUCAUUCUUGAGAACCACAACACCAUUGUCCCUCAGAAGGCAAAAGAAGCCGUCCUGGACAAUUCAAACUAUCCAGGGAAGUACCACUAUAGUCCUGAGAGGCUGAAGAAAACAGAGUCCUGCCAGGCUGACGACUUCCAUCACGGAAGACGAAAGGGGAGAAGGAGAUCGGAGCCUGCAAAACAGAUCGUAACAAACACAAAAGCUUUUUUGAAGCAUGCAGACAGUGAGGGCGCACUGCUGGGGGAUAGGUGCUCCCUUCUGCCAGCCACUAGAGUCAGUACGUUGGCCUCCAGUCUCAGCGAGCCCCAGGCUGAGAGGCCUGAUCCCCUGAUCCCCAGAAGGGACUCUCUGGAGCAGCUAAGUCCUACUGACAGUGACCCGAAACUGGGCUCUUCACCCAGUGAGGGGGAGCUGGAGCUGGACAAGGCAGAGGAAGCAAAGGAGGAGGAGGAAGAUGAUGAGGGGGAGAGUUACAAGGAAGAUAUACUGAUGGGAGACGACCAGGUAGCCGACUUUGCCAGCUCAGUGCUGGCAGCCAUCUCCUGCUGGCACUAUAGGGCCAGGGCUUUGCUUUCUACUCACUUCACAACGGAUGAUCACAACAGAGAUACUGAACUGAAACCUACACCGAGAGAGGACACAGACACUCACAGGCAGGAGGAAAAAUAUGUGGAUGUGGCUGUGAAAGAAGCUCCCACUACACAGGUCAGUGUGGAGGAGUUGUGCACUCUAGACUGUGUACCUCGAGCAAAGGAGAGUGAUCAGCUGGAGGUGCAUUACUCCCAAUGUCCCGAGUCUCCUGUGUCCUCCACCCAACAAGAUGCCAACACCCCUGAACCUCAGGAUACUUCCAGAGAAACUGGAGAGGAAGAAGAAGGAGGGAGUGAUUCUUCUGGUCUCCAGGUGGAGGAAACAAGUGUAUCGACAAAUGGAGAGCUCUCAGAGGAGGAAGAAGACAUGUUGGAUCGUAAAAGCAUCCUACCUUCGUCCGUGUUGGACCAGGCGAGCGUGAUAGCCGAUCGCUUCGUUAGCAGCCUGUCCAGGCGCAGCAGUCUGGUUUCAGAGGACCUGGGUUCCCUUGCCUGCCCCUCACCCUCAAUAGACAACGACGUCUUCAAAAGCCCCUUGGCCUGCAUGGACUUGGAGAAACAGACGCAAAUGUUGACCAGCUCUACGCUAGAGCCUCUGGCAACCUCGGAGGCAACUCUGUUAACACCUGCGCAUGAACCUGCGCUGGACGCCCUCAUGGAAGGAGAGCGCAGGUCCACUCUCUCCAAACAAGAUCGCCUCCUCAUCCACAAAAUCAGGAGGUACUACGAGAACGCUGAGCACCAGGAUGCUAACUUCAGCAUCAAGCGCAGGGAAAGUCUCUCCUAUAUCCCACCAGGUCUGGUGAGGCACCUGAGCCGACAGCUGAACAGUAUUCCUCAGGAGCAGGCUGCCCCAGUCCACAGGAAAGGCCCCUCACAGAACCGGCCCACUUCCUGGUCUGUGUUUGACCUUCCUGGAUUAGAAAAGAGUCGAAACACUGAAACCCACCAGAAAACUGAACCACAGAGAGCAGUGGAAGCCAAAGGUAGAUCUCAGAGCAUCACUGAAGCCUCGACCACAGAGGAAGAGUUCAGACCCUCGUCAGACAUGCUCAAGGUUUGGCAAGACAUGGAAAUAGAGGAGGAGAGGAAGGACGUUCAGCAGACUGAAGAGGAGAAAGUUAAUGACUCAAGAUUAGAAGCAACACAGGACAUCAGCUCGGAUACUUCAGAUGUUAAAAUAAGUAAACAACCACCUCAGAUUUUAGAGGAGUCAGAAAUAAGCACUGUCUCAGAGAGCUCCUCUACCUCAUCACCCACCACAACCUCUCCAGCAACAGAGGAAGGCUCUGGUCAGGACUCUAAGCCAAGUAAUACUCCUACAUCACAAGAGAAGAACCGUGUCAACAACGGUCAGCUACCUAAGAUCAUUAGCUUCCGAACGAGCAUGGACGAGGACCAGAUCCUGCAAGACAUGGGGAAGAUGAAAAACAAGGUGUUCCAGCUGGCUCGUCAGUACAGCCAGCGCAUCAAAAACAACAGACCCAUGGUCUGGCAGAGGAACCGAGAAACCCCAAAUCAACAAGGCCUCAAGAACAUGCCUGCAGUCCAUGAGGAGAAGAUGCAGCUGAGGAAAAAGGGUAAAACCAACCUGAGAUUACCCUUGAUGGCUUGCGAUCAGAUGGUCAUUCAUGAAGUGCGUUCUCCAAGCCCAGUCCAGACCCCCAGCUCUGGUGCCAGCUCCCAGAGCACAGUCACCUGCCCACAGAGCCCACAGAGCCCACAGCCGGAGACCUUCCACUGGCCUGACGUCCAGGAACUGCGCUCAAAAUACACAGCGCCCCCCAACUCCUUAAAAGUAACCCAUAGCUGCACAAACGGCAUGUCAGAGUGCUGUACAAACAUGUGUAAUGGCUGUUCACACAAGUAUCAUAGCUCCAUAGACCUUCACACAGCUCUGACAGACUGUCCCAGGACACAGUCUGAAAGUAGUCCUGUUGCAGAGGACUGGCCUCAGCCCCGACUUCAGCCGCUGCUGUGCAGGUGGAGCUCCUUGGACCACAUGCUUGGGUCUUUUCCCCUCCAUGAUGUACAGAACCUACAGGAACCCGGGAGGACCUGCUAUACAGCUGACAGGGACAACCAGGACGAUCAAGACUGUGCAGCAAAGUCUGCUGUCCUGAGUUCAGGGAAGAUAUCAGAAAGUAAUCUGGUGAAAAGCUUACGGGAGAAGUUCCAGAGCUUAAGCACAAGCUCAUGAACAUGUGAAUUAUGAUCAUCUUUGUAUUAUCAGGAAUUAUCACAUGGAAACAUUAUCUGUCAGUUCCCUAUCAACUUUUUCCUGUUUUCUCCACCAAAACAAUGCAACUUACUGUCUGCACAACAUUUUUAGUACAGGGGACAUCUAAUGAUGAUUUGUAUUGUUUCCACAAGUUUAACAUAAAAGGGAUAUUAUUGGUCAUUGGUUAGAGUAAUGAGGGGGAAGCAUAUUGUCUUUAAAAAGGUGUGUUGCAUUAUUUGUAUAUUGGGUAUUUGUCUGCGCUGCACAAUACAAAGUUCAUGUAAAAAAUGUUUAUAUAGUCCCCUGUGUUAAUGGAAGAUUAGGUAAUACUUUAUUAUUAUAUGCAUCUAUUCAGUUCCCACACACUAUUGGUGAUUCUUGCUAUAGUGACUAUAGCACUAUUAUCAUUUAACCAUGUAAACUGUCAGCUGGAGUUUCAGGGAGCAAAAAAAAGAGGUAAACAAACACAGACUGAUCUUUUAUCCACAUGAAUGCUGCCGUCUCACUGACGACAGCAGAGUCUCUGACCGUACACCAAAGACAGUUUCCUUUUAACAUUUGUUGACUUUUAAUGCAUGUGGUCACAGCAGUAACUUGUUUCCAUGUUUACUGUAGCUGCUGCUUCUAAAAGUGUUUUCAUAUACUGUAUCACAGGAGCUUUAUUUUUCUCCACAUGUUGUAUAUUUUCUUGAUUAUUUAUGAAACUGUAUAUUUGGGAGAGAUUGGCCUUGUGUAAAUACUGACCAGUAGCAACCCUCUUUUUACUUUUCCGUUGCAGAAAAUAUAUUAUUUCAUACUUGAAGUUUCCCAUAUUUUCAAUAAAAACAGAAACGUAAGCGUC